CGUUAUUUCAACGUUUAUUAUUUGAUAUUAUUCUAGAUGAAAAGUACAUAUGUUUGUUUUGAAAUGUGAUGGGAGUUACUUAGUCAUAAACAGAAGAAGCAGCAACCAUGUUUUCACCUAAAAGUAAUUUUCUUGAUAUAGAGGAUGACUGGGUGUGUCCAUGCAAACUGAAGCAACAAGGCAGGGUUGGAAAAGCAACGUAUAAAUUUAUGAAUGGCAUGUCUCGGUACAAAUUUCUAAUAGAUAGUGAAUUUGUCCCUGGAGUGACCGGUGGACGAAUCUUACCAAAUGAAGACUUAGUAUUAGUAAACUUUAAUGAACAACUUUUAACAAUACACUGUGAGAAUGGUGAAGUGAAAAAAACCCUCAAACUUCUAGGUCAUCCUUGGGACGUGGCGUUGUACGGGGAAGAUUGUGCGGUAGUGUCUUUUAACGACUUGCAAAAGUUGCAUGUUAUUGAUUUAAAUGCUCUGAACUUAAUAAGUGAAAUCGAUGUCCCUAAAUCGUGCUAUGGUAUUUGGUGCUUGGGUAACACAUGUUUUGCGACGUGCGGUAAAAUUCUACACCGAAUCGAUAUGGAGACCAAAAAAGAUAGGCCCUUAAAACUAGAAGGGGAAGGGAUUUUUAACAUAUUUGUUGACGACAAUAGAAUCUAUUAUACUGACUACUAUAGCCUUCAUUGCUUAAACCACAAUGGACAAGAAGUAUUUGUUUACAAACAUGAUAAACUCAGCUGGCCACGAGGCAUCGCCGUAGACACGAAAGGUUACAUUUAUGUGGCAGGGUACAAGUCGAACAACAUUCACAAACUCACGAUGGAUGGCAGAUUAUUCAAAAUCUUGAUAACAAAAGAUGAAGGCAUUGAAAGACCCUCGUUUUUGCAUUUUGAAUGCCACCAACGAAAACUGUUAGUGGCUAUUGACGAAGGACGAGCAGUUUUUGAAUUUAAAGUAUAAUUACAGCACUAUGUAUG